AUGACUAUUGAAGAAAAGUUUAAUAAAGCAUUAAAUUUCAUUAAAGAACCUCCCAAAGGUCAUCCUCCAGUAGAAUUAACAAAUUAAUAAAAAUUAACAUUUUAUGCUCUUUUUUAACAAGCAAAAUAAGGACAAUGUAAAGGAUCUUAACCAUCCCGUUUAAAAAUAAUAGAAAGAGCUAAAUAUGAUGCAUGGAAAGCCCUAGGAAAUUUAUCAAAAGAAGAUUCUAUGAAUAAAUACAUUACUGAAUUAACCAAAAUUGCACCUAAUUGGGAUUUACCAUAACCCAAAUUAUGA